AUGUCAUCAAUUCAAAACUUCGCAUACAGCCCCUUGCCGGGCCCUUUCUCGAUCCGCCUCCUCGAGCUGCUCCCGCCGUCCGACUCAGAUCCGGAUCAGCUCGAAUGCCGCCUCGAAACCCAUCUUAACCGGGAAGAAGCCCCAGCUUACGAAGCCCUGAGCUAUGUUUGGGGCGACGCCACCAAAGAGAAAGCCGUCCUCUGCAACGGCCGCGCCCUCGGCAUCACGGCCAGUCUAGAGCGUGCCCUCCGUCGUCUGCGCCUCCGACAGCCCCGGACGCUUUGGAUUGACCAGUUGUGCAUCAACCAGGAUGACCCAGCUGAGCGCGCUCACCAGGUCGGCUUGAUGCGCGACAUCUACUCGAGCGCGCAGCGCGUCGUCAUCUGGGCCGGCCCUGACCCGGAACGCAGUGCCGUUGCGGCCGCCCAGCUCCUCCGAAAUUGCAGCGAGCUACACGAGGAAGGCUCGGGACUCGCGCGCAAUCAGUGCUUUCCCAGUGACUCGGUACUGGCCCAGAUGGGUUUGCCUCCCAAGUCAUCAGCCGCGUGGUUGCAUCUCCAGUCCUUGCUCACGUUGCCCUACUUUGAGCGCCUCUGGGUCCUCCAGGAGACACGGGUGGCCCGUUCUGCCACCUUCAUAUGGGGCGAUACAGAGAUCCCCUGGAACGACAUCGCGAGGGGCUGUUUGUUUGCCUUAUACAACGGCUUCCACAUCCCCAGCCAGGACUUCAAGGAGAUCGGGUUCAGGCUCCUCCUCGGCCAGCCGAUCGUCCAUGCCCUGCCCAACGACCCUGUACGCUCGUGGGAGGACCUGCUCCACAUCACUCUCAGCUUCAGAACCAGCGACCCCCGCGACAAGUUCUUUGCGCUGAGCGGGCUUGUCCGCGACAGCUCGGCCGUGACGGUGGACUACAGCGCGCCCACAAACGAGGUUUAUGCGCAGGCAGUCCGCAGCAUCAUCCGCUCUUCUCAGACCCUCCACAUUCUCUCGCUCGGCGGCCUCAGACCCGAGGGCUGCCUCUACGACGAGCCGUACUGGACAUUAAACAACGGAUACGGCGAGAUGUCCAUCCCGGCGUCCUUCCCGGGCACAGUGUUCACCCCCGCGCGCGAGUCCAAACCGGACCUCCGACAGACCGCCGACUGGCGGGUCCUCUCGCUCAAGGGCGUCCAACUAGCCACACUAGAGACAGUCGGACCGCUCCUGGAAGAGGACGUCUACCCCGAAUCAUCAUCAUCACCAUCGUUUUCUUCUUCAUGGAGGCCCCACGACGCAUGGUGGUUCGGCGAUAGGAUCGUCCAGUCCUUCAAGCUACUCAAGGCGAACCACGACAAGAUCGCCGCCAAGUACAAGUUCCCCCUUCCCGUGCAGUCAAGCAACCUCGUGCGGCUCUUCGCCUCGACGCUGGCCUUCGGCUGCAGAGUGCUGAGCAACUCCGGCUGGAUGGCGCGGCUGUCCUUUCUGGGUGUCGACGGCAGCCACACCGGCCUGCUGCUGAGCCUGCUCUGGGGCACCGUGCUGUCGCGGCUGGUCGAUGGCGGCGUGGACCCAGACGGGAAUCGUAUGCGCUGCCCUCGGGACCUGAUGGAACUUGCCGAGCCGGCCGCCGCAGUGCUGUCCGCCGCGGAACGCGCGCCGCCGCCGGGCGGCAGAGGUUUGGGGCAGCGGGUCUAUGACGCGAUCGCGGCACAGAUGCGCAGCGUCCACGCCGGGACGGGGGCGGAGGAUCGGGCAGCCAGGGCCGCGGUGGCGCUCACGGAGCUCUUCAGCCCGGCGGAGUUUUCCGAGGGCAAGCUGUUUCGCGACUGGGCGCUUUCCUGGAGGAAGGUGUUUAUUGCGCAGGACGGGGCGGUUGGGCUCGGGCCAUGGUGGAUGGAGCCCGGGGAUAUGGUUGUGGCGCUGUUUGGGGGGCCGAUACUGUACGGGCUGCGGCCGACGGACACGCCCGGCGAGUACCUGUUCUUGGGCGAGUGCUACCUCCAUGGGUUCAUGCACGGCGAGGCGAUGGACCUCCUCGAGAGGGGCGAGGUCGAGGCGCGGUACUUUGAUCUGAGGUAG